AGCUCAUUUAGGCACGGUACCAAAUGAGUAAUACAAGCACUAAUGUAUGAAUUCAGAAAUGGGAAAAUCACUCUGACUUGAGAUGGCUGGGAAGACUUCCUAAAGAAGUUGAGACUUAUUUAAGAUCAUGUAAGAUGUAUGGUAAAUAGGGCAUUUCAUAUGUUAGAGAAAUGGGCAAAAUUAUGGAAUAGAAUGUAUUGUACAAAUAUGAUGGCCAGUGAGUAUACUAGAAUGACAGUCAACUUUGUGUAGGAGAGAAGAGGAUAGGAAGGAAUUGGGUUGGACUGGGGAGGGUCUUUAGUAUUUUUUCCAAAACCUAUUCCUUAGAAAUAUUUCAGCAAGCAUGAACCAUAAGUAUUAGGGCUGGAAAGUCCUUCAUAGUUUUAUUGACAUGAAGAGAGAGCCUGCGGUAUUGAUCAUGUUUUUAUAUAUUAUACCCAUGGAUUCUAUUAAUCUUAGUGUUUUCUGUAUGUUUCAGACAUUAGUCUCUUACCAUGGGGGAUUGGAACUUAUUGGGUGGCAUCUUAGAGGAAGUUCACUCCCACUCAACCAUGGUGGGGAAAAUCUGGCUGACCAUCCUCUUCAUUUUCCGAAUGCUGAUACUUGGUGUGGCUGCUGAAGAUGUCUGGGAUGACGAACAGUCAGCAUUUGCCUGCAACACCCAGCAGCCAGUAUAUAUGGGCCAUGCACUGUAUAGACUCAGGGCCUUUGAAAAGGAAAGGCAGAGGAAGAAGUCACAGCUUAGAGCCCAGAUGGAGAAUCCAGAGCUUGAAUUGGAGGAUCAGCAAAGGAUGGAUAGAGAACUGAGGAAAUUAGAGGAGCAGAAGAGGAUCCAAAAAGUCCCGCUGAAAGGAUGUCUGCUGCGUACUUAUGUCUUACACGUCUUGACCAGAUCUCUGCUGGAAGUAGGGUUCAUGGUAGGGCAAUAUAUUCUCUAUGGGUUUCAAAUGCACCCUCUUUACAAAUGCACUCAACCUCCUUGCCCCAAUGCAGUGGAUUGCUUCGUGUCCAGGCCCACAGAGAAGACCAUUUUCAUGCUCUUUAUGCACAGCAUUGCAGCCAUCUCUUUGUUUCUCAACAUACUGGAAAUAUUUCAUCUGGGCAUCAGGAAAAUCAUGAGGGCGCUUUAUGACAAAUCCAGCAGUAAGGGCAUUGAGGAUGACAGGAGACCUCCAUUCCAUUUGAAAAAACAUUCAGUGACCCAGCAGUGUAUGACUUGCUCUCCUUUCCCUGAGAAAAUCUCCCUCCUUCAAGCCAACAAUCAACAGCAAGUGAUCCGAGUCAAUGUGCCGAAUUCUAAAACGACGUGGCAUAUCCCACAGCCCAGGCAACUUGACGUAGACCCUUGCUAUAGUAAAAAAGACUGGGCUGAGAAAAAUCAGCACAACGGACAGCUCCAUGUCCACAGCCCGUGUCCCUGGGACGACGGUGCUAGAAUUCAGCACCCAGGACAGCAGCCAGACCAGUCUUCAUUCGGCUUGCAGACUGUAAGGCCUCACUCCUGGCUAGGUACAAGGAUGGCUCCUAGGCAUUGUCCACCACAUACAACAGGGCCCUGGGAGCAGUCCCAGGACCGACAGCCCUCAGAGGGACCUCUUGCAGACUUGCACAGUCACUGCAGACACAGCGACGGCAGCAGGAGAGACAGCAGGGUCCAAGAGGCAAGAGACAGACCUUACCCCGGCAGCCGCAAGGCCAGCUUCCUGUCCAGACUGUUUUCUGAGAAGGGACAGCUGUACGGGGACUCAGGAAGCUCCAGUUCUCCAAACAGCUCUUGCCAGGGCUUUCCACACCGGGAAAGCAGCCCCUCACUGCUGCCUUCAGACCCCGGGCGAAGGACAUCCAUGAACAUGCUUCUAGAACUUUCAUCUAUUAUGAAAAAAUAAUCGAUGCCUGGGAUCAGAAAAAAUGAACCCAGGAGAGAGCUGGCAUCUGCGAAAUAAAAGUUGUAUGUCUGUGAGCUCAGACUGCAGGAGAAACUCCCAACUAUCCCCUCUGGAGCCCUUGGUCAGGCCGUGGCUGUGCAUCGGAAGCUCCCAGCUGGGGCACCUGACCUCUGGGGUCAGCCUCGCGCUGUCCUGCUUGGCCACACUUCCUGCAGCUGAUCUGACAAUCUGCGUUCAUCAGGGAGGCACUCUAUUCCAUCAGAGAAACUCUAGGGACCAGAUAUGUAGGAGCCGGAGUGGGGGAGGGGACAGAAGGGAUGAUGCUCUUGAUUCAAAUGAAAGGAAAAAGACUUUCAUAAUGGGGUGUGGAAAGUGCAGCUUUCUCUGUCUCUCUGGACCUUGAUUUCCUGAUACCAGGAAGCAUGACGUUUAUUUAUGCCAGGAAGACAGAGGUGCUCAGUGCAGAGAAUGGGAAGCCCACUCCACUCUGGACCCCGUCACAAGCUUGUGGGAGCCAUGGAGUACGGUCAUGGUAAUGUACCCUAACUGAGGGGCUGGGGUGAUGAGCUGCAGAAGAGUGAGAAGUUCUAGAACUAUUUCCAAGAACAGCUCGGUUUUUUUCCAAACAACAUGCCACAGAGCUGCUGGCAGGGAGAAGGCAGAAUGAGACCCCUCACUGUGCUCUAGAAGUAGAUUCACGCCCAAGGUGCACAUUCAAAGCAGGGGAGAGAGGGACGUCCCUGGUGGUCUGGUGGCUGAGACUCCGUGUUCCCAACGCAGGAGGCCCAGGUUCAACCCCUGAUGAGAAAAGUAGAUCCCACAUGCCACAAUUUAAAGAAAGGUGACCCUGUAUGUCACAACUAGAAAGAUCCUUCGUGCCACAAGACCAGAUGCAGCCAGGUUAAUUAAUUUUUAAGAAAACAGUGUAGGAAAGAGAAUGACUGCUGCCCAUCUGGGGCUGGGUGGUGUUUGAAUGUUUCCCUUCUGCAGGAUGUAAGAGCCUUAUUCUGUAUCAAACCACAGUGGUCAUUCCCUGCGACAAGCACUAAAGUCAGGUGGAAAGUGCAAAUGACUGUUGGUUCUAAAUGAACAGGUUUUCCUAGAGAAUUUUGGGAUCAUGGCCCACCCUUUCCCCAGAAUGGACGGAAUAACUUCGUGCCUUCAGGCAAAGGACUCGUCUUAACCUCUGACACCUGAUGCAAAGAGCAGACUCAUUGGAAAAGACCCUGAUGCUGGGAAAGAUUGAAGGCGGGAGGAGAAGGGGACAACAGAGGAUGAGAUUGCCGACUCAAUGGACAUGGGUUUGAGCAAAUUCCAGGAGUUGGGGAUGGACAGGGAGGCCUGUCGUGCUGCAGUCCAUGGGAUCACAAAGACUGAGCGGCUGAACUGAACUGAACUGACACCUGAGAUGUUCGGACCAUGGUGAUUUCACAACAGAGAAUAUUUGCUAAUCCUGUUAAGAUGCUCCCUGAGGCUCUGCCUCAGUGGGGAACCCAUGGAGGGAGUGGAGUUUGGCAGCUUGUAAUUUCCGUUUUCCCACCUGGCUAAUGGAAUUGGGCGCAUCCAGAAGCUCAGAGCCCAGCAGCUCUGCUAUCUCCUGCCAUCAUGUGACUCCAUCCUCACUGCCAGACCACUCAUGAGUCCAGCGUACUCAGGUCAUCUGGGCUGCCCGCCAUUCAGUAUCUCGUUUUCCUUUUACAACAAAAUUCAGACUCAAGUGAUCAAAUAGCCUUUUCUGGUUCAGCUGUAUUUCUCCCCUAACCACAAUUAUAAACUCUCU